GGGAAGAUGAGGGUAAGAACAGGAAGAGAAACAAGAAAGCAAAGAGACCAGUAAAAACCGCCGGUCGUGGAGGUGCUAAAAUCCAGGUUCCGCUACAAGCCGGAGCCUUCUCUAGUUCCGCUUCCACUCAAAGACGAGCCUCGCCUUUCGUGCUGGCGGCGAAAAAAGGUAAAGGAGCUGCAGCAGCUUCGCAGAAAGAGAAAGAGAAAGUAAACACUAGGGCAGACGAGUGGGAAAACUUGCACGCGGCAAACCACACCAAGAGCUUGCACGAAAAAAACUUCGUGCCGAAAAUGUUUAAAGCAAGGCCUUCGCCGGAGGAACAUGCAAAAACGGUAUUUGAAAGGAAGCUAGAGAAGGGCCUACUGGAGCUGGAAGAGAAAAUGAGCCGAGCGCAGACGCUCUUAGGGAGGAAAUAGUUCUAGUAGUUUGUCGAUGAAACUGUACGGACUAUAUACCCACUGGCUUUUUCGAGAAGUUCGGAAUUUUCAUCAAAAGCUGUUUCCUCGCCCAAAAAGGUUAGAUUUCUCGUACACCGACAUAUAUUUCAACAUUUUGGUACUAGAGAUAAUGCCCGCUGUGUAUGAUCUACUUAAGCAUGUUGAUGCUCGAGGAAAUUUGCCGUUUCAAAAUCAAACUUGUGCGUUUUUGCAGCCAUUUGAUCAUGGCUUUUCU